GAAACAUGAACUUGUCUUGGCAAUUGCAAACUAUUUCAGGGCGUACUCUGGGGAAUACAGUAGGCUGUUUACACGAUGAGAAUAUUUCGGCAAAUGAAUAAAUUGAAUGGAAAGAGACUGCUUCUUUGAAAACCAGAGUAGGCUAUUCUUCAACAGAAAAUGACACCAACAUACACUGAGUAGCAUUCAAAUAUUUGGAAUGGGCUCCGUGACGUCGGCUUUUACAAGAAGAACAAGAAACGCAUUUGUCAAAGUGGGUUCAGAACCGGAUCAUGAUUCUGGGCGAAACCAAUCGGCACCUGAAACGGCAAAAUCGAGAAGCAUGCGCUUAAAUACACGUUCAAACCAAAUUGGGCGUCAGAGCACCCAACAGUCGCUCUCCGAGGUCCUGAACGGACAGGGCAGCGACGGGACACAAAAAACUGUUCGAGAACCUCGUGGAAGUCGACAGAGCGUGGCAAAUGAGGAUGGAGAGAGUUCUACCAAACCCCUGGCCAGGUUUGCACGCUCAAAGUCCCAGAGUGUUUUGUGGACCGCCAUCACAGCAGGGAUGGGGAUCAAAGACAAGGAGGCCAGAGGUGCCCUGAACGACCCCCGGAGUGUGGAGGAGAUCCUGGCUGAUGAACUCCCUUCUGCAGACGGACCCAACGCCACCGAGAAAACUGCUCUCAGGAGGAAGUACAAGAAAACGUCCCAGAGGUUAAGGUGCCUGGUGAAACAGUUAGAGAGAGGGGAGGCUUCGCUUGUGGACCUGAAGAAGAACCUGGAGUAUGCUGCCUCUGUACUUGAGUCUGUGUAUAUCGAGGAGACCAGGCGAUUGGUGGACACGGAAGAUGAGCUCAGCGACAUCCAGUCGGAGUCGGUGCCGUCGGAGGUACGUGAUUGGCUGGCGUCCACCUUCACGCGUCAGAUGGGCCUGAUGCUGCGGCGAACGGAAGAAAAGCCUCGCUUCCGCAGCAUCGUCCACGCCGUGCAGGCUGGGAUCUUCGUGGAGAGGAUGUACCGUCGAACCUCCAACAUGGUGGGCCUAAGUUACCCUCCGUCUGUCAUAGGGGUGCUCAAGCAUGUGGACAAGUGGUCGUUUGACGUGUUUGCGCUGAACGAGGCCAGUGGGGACCACGCUCUGAAAUUCAUAUUCUACGAGCUUCUCACAAGAUACGAUCUCAUCAGCCGAUUCAAGAUCCCGAUUUCGGCUGUGGUGUCGUUUGUGGAGGCCCUGGAGGUGGGCUACAGCAAGCAUAAAAACCCUUACCACAACCUGAUGCACGCGGCCGACGUGACCCAGACUGUCCACUACCUACUGCUGAAGACUGGGAUGGUGCAUUGGUUGACUGAACUGGAGAUCUUCGCCAUGAUCUUCGCAGCUGCAGUCCACGACUACGAACACACUGGAACCACCAACAACUUCCACAUUCAGACAAGGUCAGACACAGCCAUCCUGUACAACGACCGCUCGGUCCUGGAGAGCCACCAUGUGAGCGCUGCCUAUCGCCUCCUACAGGACGACGAUGAAAUGAACAUCCUGUAUAACUUGUCCAAGGAUGACUGGAGAGAGCUGCGGGCCCUGGUGGUGGAGAUGGUGCUGGCCACAGACAUGUCCUGUCACUUCCAGCAGGUGAAGGCCAUGAAGAACUUCCUCCAACAACCCGAGGGGGUUGACAAGCCCAAAGCCCUGUCCCUCCUCCUCCACACUGCAGACAUCAGCCACCCGGCGAAGAACUGGGACCUGCACCACCGCUGGACAACCUCCCUGCUGGAGGAGUUCUUCAGACAGGGAGACAAGGAGGCGGAGCUAGGCCUGCCAUUCUCCCCGCUGUGUGACCGCAAGUCAACCAUGGUGGCACAGUCCCAGAUUGGGUUUAUUGAUUUCAUCGUGGUGCCCACCUUCACAGUUCUGACGGACAUGACAGAAUGCAUCGUCACUCCCCUCAUCGAUGACGCCUCUCACUCGGGCCUCAGUGGCUUCAGACGCUCCAGUUUGAACAGCAUUAGUUCAGAGGAUGCUAAGCAGGGCAGUGUAAAGAGCACGGGUUCUGAUGGGAGCUCUCUGGGUCACUGUUCCCUGCUGACUGUGGACCUGAAGAACUUCAAGGCCCUGUGGAAUGAGGAGGUGUACCAGAACCGGGAGCGCUGGAAGACCCAGGCUGCGAAAGAGGCUGAGGAGAGGGCCAAAAGAGAGGCCGUUGAGAAGGCCCUUCAGGAGGAGGCUAUGGAGCCUCGGGAGGGCCAAAAAGUACCAGAGACAACAGAGUCAGCCUCCAAGGGCCCCGAGGAGGGGGAAGGCCCCGAGGCAGAGGAGGAGCUGGUGGGUGGGGAGGAGGCAGGGGACAGACCACAGCCUGGGUGCUCCUCUGACAAUCAGCAAACACUACAGAACGGAGACCUGUCUGAGGGCGGAGAGUUUCCAGACUGUGAGCAGAGUCAGAAUAAAGCAGCUGUUGAGGUAGCGAUGGACUAAUGGCCGCUGAGACCGUUGCAGCCCGGCGGUUUGCUGUCAACCUGCAUCCCACUCCUCUCCCUGGGAAGACUCCUGUAGAAAGAACCAUUUAUGAGUGUUUACUGCCCUCUAGAGGACAAUGACAAGACCUGCACCUCUCAUCACUUUUCCUAAAACCUUUUUUUUUCUUUUUCUGGGAGUCGUAAUGAGUUCUGCUUGGACAACCCCCCCCUCUCAUCCUUAUCUGUCGGGUGACAUGAAUAAAAAGAUGACAGAAGCUUUCUCAAUCAGGACUAUGGUGGUGAUAAUGAUGAGGAUGAUGAUGAUUGUGAUGUUGAGCCUGAUGGUGAGUCCCAGCUCCAGCUCAUUUCCAGACGCUUUUCUCCUUCCUCUCCUCCUCUCUUCUCCCCUGGUGUGGCUCCAGACCUCUCAUGUCUGUUCCCUGCUCCACAAGACACCAAACAUAGCAGCCGUCUCUGCCUCAUUAAGUUACUGCUGGCUGCUUGCAAUCGUUAAGGCACAUUAGGAUCCUGUCAGAAUUCACUAUUUCACUUCAAAUAA